UCCAAAACGAGGCAUAUAUUCUACAAAUGAGCUUUAGCCGACUAGAUGAUCUUUUGUCCGUUCAUUAGGAGUAGAACAUAUUAAAUUGGAUGAUUGUCAGUAACAAACGCUUGGUUGACACAAAUAUGAGGAAGCCGUCUUUGGAAGUGAAAAGGCAUAAGUUUUGGAUUGCUCUCUUUAUAAGCUUGGCUUACAGAGGACUUUCAACCCCAAUCAAUGAAAACAAACACAUUGUCAAUGGAAGACACACCACCGAAGAUUCUGCAGACACUCGAACAACUCAAAAUUUGUCGACUCAGGAUGCCGUUUGGAAAUCUAACCGACCCACAAGUGAUUCUAACAGAGACUUGUCGACCAAUGGUGAAUCAACCAGUAAUCCUAUCAGGUUUUCGAAGAUUAUCAAACGAGGAACUUUGACAGCUGGCACCGAACUACAGGUUACCGAUAGGGCUUCUGGAUUUGAUAAUGGAGAAACAUCCACUGAACAUAUGACGUAUGCAGCUCGUGAGUCAACUGGCGAUUUUCUGCAGAAUUCGGAAGAAGUAACGAGAGAAGGUGAUGGUUUUCAGACCAAUGGUUCAAUACAUACUGGCAUUGAUCAAACACACCUUGAUCAGACCACGACAAAUGGUCUCAAUAUAACAAGAGACGAUUCUAAUCUGACCUGUGAGAAAAAUGUAACCAGUUGUGUUGGAGUUCAUCCCGAGCAACGGCCAAAGCGAUCAUGUGAGGGACGAUGCGGGAACAUCUCCAGAGAAGCUUUUUGUCAAUGUGACCCAAAGUGUUCUAAAUAUGGAGACUGUUGUUCGGACUAUACCACCAUAUGUGAUCCAAAUGGGAUUAACGAUCUAAGAAAAAGUGACAAUGAAAUCUAUGAGUGCACAUCGUCAUCUGAUGGUGUCUAUUAUAGCAGAUCGGUUUACAAAAUCGCCAAAUGCCCAUACGACCAAAGAGAUUCAGAACUAAAUUUACAAUGUCAGGAUCGCCAUGGGCUUCUUAAUCUCAUACCAGUUGUUGAUUUACAAACUGGAGAGAACUACAGGAACAAGUUUUGUGCAUUAUGUCACGGAGUGACUGCCUAUGACCCCUGGAAUGUCUCAAUUAGUUGCGAAUCUGAAGAAAUCAAUCCUGAAAAGUUCAUUAAUGCCGGUAUCGAUCUUAUAGUUGAUUUACUCCAUAACCCUGCAUGUACACUUCAACUAACUGCACCAACGAUUUCUCGACCCUGUAUCAAGCUACAUUACGAUUGCAUGAAUAACUGCCAGAACACAAACAUAUCAGAAAAGUGUGCAACAGCCGGUCAAAAUCCCGUCAGAUACUUCAAAUCUUGGUCAAUGUUUUCCUACUACGGGGUACAGUUCUACAAUAUUUAUUGUUUGCAGUGCGCUCUCGGUCCAAAUUCAAUAUCCGAUACAGCAAUUAAAUGUUCCAUAAGUUCUGAUGAUGCUAGGCAUGUCCCGUAUAAGUAUUUUAGUUUUGCCUUAAUCGUAGAUAUGAAAUUCUUCAAUUUAUAUGGACUGAAAAUCAAAGCGAAUGGAAUAUAUGGUUUGGACAAUCUUGAAUUUCAUUGUACUGCAAAUCAACAUCAAUGUGAGGCAAAGGGCUGUCCAAUACGCCACACUAAACGUACGUCUAAAUGUUCAAUAUUGAACCACAUCGUUGCCCAAGUGAAGCUACGAUUUGACAUUAACCACACUAAUUCGAGAAUCGAGAAAGUUUUCCACAAGACUAAACUAGUGAUCAGCGCGGUUACUAAAGAUGCUAUCAACACUGUCUAUAGCCCUAUUGGCUACAUCCAAGUAGGGAAUACUAGAUGGACGCCGACUCGAUACAUAGUCGAAUUUACAUUUAACGUCACUGCUCCAGUUGACAUUCUUGCUACUUCUUUAGAAAAGGACUUAUCGAAGCAAUUGGAGGUACUGACUACUCAACUUGGAGAAUUUUACGAUAAGGUGGAUGUCAAUAUGACAUACGAGAUUAUGGAACAGCUUGAAGCAGAAGGGGAAAGAGAGAUUGAAGUAACGACCAAGAAUGUGGAGAGUCGUCAAUAUCACGUACAAGCAAAUUGUGCGAACGUACUUGCGCUCCUUUUACUUCAUGGACUAAUCUUUGGAAUCUAAAUGAGGAAAACCUAGGUCGAAUGACCAUGAUGACUGAUUGAUGCUGAUAUGACUACUUAUUGUAUAUACAGUAUGAUUAUUUUUGAGAAUUUCAGCUAAAAUCAAAACUUAUCAGAUACAGGAAUCUUAGCUCUAUCGCAUUUCAUCGUUUUAUCGAUCAUGAUGAGACUCAAAAUAUGCUUCUAAUUCAGCUGUCUAAUUUUCCCAAAUAUUAGUCUUUCAUGUUUAUCGUCAAUUUUUACGUCACUCCUUAAAGUCCCC